AUGGAGUGUGUCGUCGAUGGAAAGAUUUCCGAUGUGAUCAAGAAACAAGGAAGACCGCUUGAUGAGUCACUGAUCCAAUCUUGUACUCAUCAGAUUCUACUUGGACUGGAUCAUAUUCACUGCAAUAAUUUGGUGCAUUGUGAUAUCAAAUGCCGAAACUUGUUGGUGUGCAAAGAUGGUGUCAAGAUCGGCGACUUGGUUUGUGAAAAGAUGGUCGGAAACAAUGGAGCCACCACGUCUCAACUUUCCGAUACAUCGGUUUUCAUGGCACCUGAGGUUAUAAUCUGA